AACACACAAAGUGUGCCACACUGGGAACACAUCUCUUCUCCCUGAAGAAAAAGAUUAGCUACUGUAUAUUCCAGAUACAGAAACACACUUAACUAGGGAUAUCCUUAUUUGGAGCAAAAUUUGUAUAUACCACCGAUUCAAAGUUAGUUUCCAGACUGUGUGUGGAAUUUGUGCACCCUUUGCUGACAGCCAGCGCUGGAGGUUCUUGCAAAGGGGCCCUCAUGACUUCAGGGCUGGCCUCCCUCCUCUAAGCAACAUCAUGACCUCUGAGCCCACAAAAGGGCCUGCCCCAGUUCUUCUCCGCUGCAAAUCUGAGGCUCCGCACAAAACCCAGCCAAGAGCCCCCCAAAUGGCCCUCGAGUCCCGGUGCUACACCUCCAAACUCAGUCCGAUGCAGCAAGCCCGGGAGGAGACUGUCGCUCAGACUGAGUACUGCCUUAGCCGACACCCAUUGGCCCUCUAUCCUCACCUGGCGGGAAGCAUCUCUCAAGAGCUUUUCCGAGAAGUCGUGGGUGUGCUGGAUCCUGAGAUGCUUCUGCUCAGCGAAGAAGAGAAGGUUGGCGUGGAACAAGAGUGUCUCGCUUUGUCUGAGAUACAAACCCAGUUGGAGGGCAAAGGGAAAAGUAAGACAAAGGCCAAGAGAUCACAUAAGCGCAAGGGUUCAAAAGGCAAGGACCCUUACACGUGGUUCUCCAAACAAGAAGUGGCUGCAAGAGAAAGAGAAGCCAGGCUGAAUUACGUUCCGCCGCUUGACCAGAAUGUAAAAGAAGCCACCCAAGAAUUUUGCAGAUGGUUUGAGUCUCUAUCUUCCCCAUUGGUUAGCCAUCCAUCCUUCACCCAGAGAACCAGCGUGGUGUAG